AUGCGAACCACGCGAAUCGUCAUCCUCGCCAUCUUCUUUACCGCCUCCCUCUUUGUCCUCUUCCGAGCCAUCUUUACCGCCGCUACCCGAACACCAAACGUCAUUCGCCCGAAGCCGGGAAAUUCUCGAAAGUCCAUCCUAGGACUCGUAUACUACAACCCGCCAUUCUCCCUCUUCCAGCCCAAUGCCGCAAUCAGCUUGACAGAUGACAACAGCACGUCGUUUGCUGCACGACCUGCUGCCUUUGGUCCCCAGCUGGCACAACAUGGCCUGAGCGGACAGCUUUGGGUCGGCAGUGGAUUUGCUGAGGAUAGUCUGGAAUCCCAUGGAGAGCUCGGCUGCACCGACAUUCCUGGCUGGGAAGGUGGCGCCAGUCCCCAGGCAAUGCUCAAGUCCUCCAUCAAAUCAGUCGUAUCGCAUCACUCACCUGCCAAAGGUGAACCCGGUAGAAGCAAAAAGGGCGCCAAAAGUACCUCGAAAGAAGUAGACUUAGACCGCGAGACGCCCAAAACGCCGCGCACCAUCGAUGACGGCACCGACAACUAUCUUCAUGAGGCGGUUCGCAACUCCCUUGCCAGGCGAGACACUUCAGCAUCAACACACGCAGAUAUCCAGUCUAUGCAAGAGUCCGCAGAAAUCGAGGGGAAAGUGGUUCUGUUAAUGCGCGGAGGCUGCGGAUUCUUGGAAAAAGUUAUGUGGGCACAACGUCGAGGCGCCGUUGCCGUUAUUGUAGGCGACAAUCAACGAGGAGGGCCGCUGGUGAACAUGUUUGCCAGAGGUGAGGAUGCAGAGAAUGUCACUAUUCCAUCCGUGUUCACUGCGCGAACCACGGCACAGCUCCUCUCGUCUCUCACGCAGCCUGGCAGCUUCAUUGAGGACAGCAUCGACGAGGGCGGAAAUCCAGUACUGAAGGUUCAGAAGGGUGUGAAGUCCCCUACCAAGAACAAUUCAGAAAAACCGAAACCGAUCCAAAGCAAAAGUAAACCAGCCACAACGUCGAGCAGACAUUCUCGUCGCGCUACCCAAGAAUCCACCUCAGCGACCAAGGAUGACCGCGGCUGGCUCUCCCGUCUCCUCGGAACAAGCUCACGCCGUGCAAGCACCGAGUCUCCUGGACAUGGGAAGCUGGAGUGGGUAAUGGUUGAUGAAUGGGACACCGAAACCGACAAGAAGAUUUCGGACAACAUGAAGGGCACUAAAAAGCAACCGCACAAGCCAACCAAGGCGGUGGGAGAUGAGUUUCGCAUUGGCGUCCAAGACUGGCGCGACCCAGAUCUCGUGGAUAAGUCUCACUCAAAUGAAAAGGCUCAUAGCACUCCCUCGGAUUUCAGAAAAGCAGAUAUCAAAUCCGCGAGCAAGCUUUCCGGCAAGGACGCAUCAUCACAUGCCGAUCUUGAUGCUUCAGAAAAGUCUGGCAAGAGCCGUGGCCUCCUGAAAAAGAUAUUUGGAGAGGAGGAUUCUGCCGACGGCGACGAGGCGUUGACUACAGAAGAGGAUGAUGUCAAGAGUGACCCCGUGAAACUUGACGGACAAACCUCCGAACCUCAUCACGGCCUCUGGGUCACCAUCACACCAAAUAGCGGCACCAGUCCCUUCUUCGACACUUUGCUUGUCCUCGUCGUCAGUCCUCUCGUGACUCUCAGUGUCGUCUAUGCGCUGUUGAUCCUGCGAGCACGCAUCCGUCGCCGACGCUGGCGGGCCCCGAAAUCCGUCGUCGAGCGCCUACCAGUACGCACCUAUCACACUGUGGCCGCAACACCAAGCAUCUCGCCGCAGGCCACCUCUCCUAUAAAUUCGUCACCCACCACUCCUCUGCUCCAGCAUAGCCCAUCGAGGCCCAGACCUCGCUCCCGCACGACGACUGGUGUCCCCGAAAGUGACAACCUUACCGUUCCCAGUGCAUCCAUCCCCGUCGCCCCAAGCGGAUCGCGACACCGGGCUGGAAAUGAGCACGAAAAAGGAGCUAGCGGCUUCUCUGCCGAGUGGCGCAAGUACAUGGGACGACAGGUGGAGUGUGUUGUUUGCCUGGAAGAAUACGUUGACGGCGUCAGUCGCGUCAUGAGCCUGCCCUGCGGCCACGAGUUCCACGCCGAGUGCAUUACCCCCUGGCUGACAACCCGACGACGAACCUGCCCGAUCUGCAAAGGAGACGUUGUGCGCUCACUUGCCCAUUCAUCUCGAUCCAUGCCGCGAUAUGAGCCUUACCGUGAGGAUAGCGACGACGAUGCAGCUGCGUCUUCGAGCGUAGCAUCCGACGUCGAGCAUGGCAUCUCUCAACCAGCACCACGGAACGGUCAAAGUUCCUCACGUGGCGACGGAUGGUUUGGUGCACUCUCUCAAAGCUUGGGUAACGGCUGGCAGCGCGUGCCGUCAAGACCACCGUCUCCGGCCCCUCGCCGCGCCAAUUCGGACUUGUAG